AUGGCCCAGUCUCUUGGCCUGGCCAAUAUCUUCCUGUUCAUCUUUGCAGGGUUGCUCCUCUAUCAUUACAGCAAUACCUUCAGAUAUUAUUUCAGGGUUUGCUUCCUAAAUAUUUGGAUGUUCAAUAUGACCUCCCUUGCACUUCCUGUUAUAGCUCUCCGGGGACGAAGUGUGGCAAAUGUGAGGUGAGUGAACUAUUACUGCCGUGUGGCUUUGUAUCUUGUUUUUCGGGACUCUGUGCUCACAUAGGAGUGCGAUGUGACUCCUUCAUAGCUGCCCAAUAACUAAUGAGCUUUUAAGCAGUGAUGCCCUUCAGGGACUUAGGGGCAGGUGCCCAGAGCCACGCUCAGCAGUAUGAGAGGGUGAGGGUGGGACCAAAUCCAGCAGGACUGCCUUAUCACAUUUUGUGAAAUUAGGCCCCCACCCCACUCUAGAGACACGAUCCAGUUCACUUUUAAAGGCAAAUCUACGAAACAAUAUGCGAACUGAAACAUUUCCAUCCUUCGAUAUUUACUUUUUAUGGAUUUUGCAAUGCAGUUCUACAGACAAGUAAGGUGUGUGGAAAUGCACACAUUGCAGCAAAGUGCGCAUAUAGAAAUGUAUCUAUUAGCGAAAAGCAUUAUGCCGGCGGAAAUUGCAUACAAAUAUGUGUGCAGUGGGGGACGGGGGUGGCGCUGUGGGUUAAACCACAGAGCCUAGGACUUGCUGAUCAGAAGGUCAGCGGUUCGAAUCCCUGCUACUGGGUGAGCUCCCGUUGCUCGGUCCCUGCUCCUGCCAACCUAGCAGUUCGAAAGCACGUCAAAGUGCAGGUAGAUAAAUAGGUCCACUCCGGCGGGAAGGUAAACGACGUUUCCGUGCGCUGCUCUGGUUCGCCAGAAGUGGCUUGGUCAUGCUGGCCACAUGACCCGGAAGCUGUACGCUGGCUCCCUUGACCAAUAAAGCGAGAUGAGCGCCCAACCCCGGAGUUGGCCACGACUGGACCUAAUGGUCAGGGGUCCCUUUACCUUUAUGUGUGCAGUAGGAGGAAUUCACUCUAAAACACUGGUGAAUUUUCAUGAGGACUUUUAAAAAAACUGGAAAGGUGGAGGAACUAGAAAGGUGGAGAACUAAACUUCAGACGGGCAAAAUGAAAGAAACCGAAAUUGAGAGGCUCGCCCACCCUCAGUAUGGAGUAGGGCAAGGAAACCCCUUGCAGAAACAUGGUAGAGGCCAAACCACCCUCACGUUCCCUCGCACACAGGGACUAGCUGUGGAUCUGCUGAGGGAGGGAGGGUCCAUUGGACAUGGUGGCUGGGGGUGGUGGGGAUUGUAGUCCAAAACCUUUGGAGAGCAGCAGAUUGGGGAAGGCUGGCUUAACACCAGAAAUGAGUUGUGCCUUCUUGCUAAGCGGUCUUUUGUUGACCGGGUUGCCCAUGAUUGUGAAAGGAAGAGAGCUUCAUGGUUGAGAAAGUGUUUGUUGACACUUAAGAUAUUCAUCAAAGGCUGGAGGAGAUGACAUUCCUUCAGGUUUAAGGAGAGGCAGCUGUGACUUAUUCAGGUCUGAUUGGGAGCUUUAACCAUUUGGCUUUCCUGCAAUCCAGAUCUAAGGGCCCUGUGCCUGCUAUGCGCAUCUCACUUGGAUUAUUUCAUUUUUUCUAUUGCCCCCCCUCCCCGAGCUUAGGGCAGUCUACAAGAUGCUCCUCUUGUUAUCUUCAUGACAUCCCUGUGAAGUACCCAAAAUGAGCAUCAUGGCCAAGUAGGGAUUUGAACCUGGGUCUCCCCAGUUGUGAUGCAGCAGUCCAGAGGUCAGCAAACUUUUUCAGCAGGGGGCCGGUCCACUGUCCCUCAGACAGACCUUGUGGGGGGCUAGACUAUAUUUUGAAAAAGGGGGAAAAAAGAACAAAUUCCUAUGCCCCACAAAUAACCCAGAGAUGAGGGUCCCCGAUUAUAAAAUCAUAGAAAACGGGAAAUACGUAGCCACUCCAGCAACAUAUCUCUAUUUCCUCGCAUCCAGAAAUGCAAGAAGGGAUUUCACUCUUGCUAGAAGCUCGGCCUUGCCCUCACAGGUUCUGGAAGGCUCCUAUAGAAGAGUCCCGUACGCACAGAGACUUUGCGCCUGCCCAUUAGGGGAAAUAGGAAGCCCCGAACAUAUAUAUUUUUAGAUGUCCUUUUUAUGCUGAGAUUCGUAGAGACACCACUGAUCAUUUGCUGAAGAGGCUCGCUGAUCUUUCAGACAAGUCUAACCCAGAGAUGCAUUUUAAAUAAAAGCACACAUUCUACUCAUGUAAAAACACUCUGAUUCCUGGACUGUCCGCGGGUUGGAUUUAGAAGGCGAUUGAGCCGGAUCUGCCCCCCGGGCCUUAGUUUGCCUACCCAUGCACUACACUAUACAGUCGUACCUUGGAAGUCGAACGGAAUCCAUUCCGGAAGUCUGUUCAACUUCCAAAACGUUCAGAAACCAAAGCGUGGCUUCUAAUUGGCUGCAGGAAGCUCCUGCAGCCAAUCGGAAGCCGCGGAAGCCCCACAGGACGUUCGACUUCCAAAAAUAGUUUGCAAACUAGAACAGUCACUUCCGGGUUUGCGGUGUUUGGGAGCCAAAACGUUCGCGUCGCAAGGCGUUCUACUUCCAAGGUAAAACAUUUGAGAACUAAGCUGUUCGAAAACCAAGGUAUGCCUGUACUAGCUUUCAUCCAAACAGGCUGUAGCAGGCAACUGUCUUGCUUGUAAAGUUCUCGCUCCUGUCCUUCAACGCCUUUGACCUUCCUGAAACGCCUCUGGUUUUGCUCCCUUGUUUUAGAGUCCUCCGCUUUGCCUUGCUGCCAGCGAAAUACUUCCUCGGCAUCAAAUUCAAGGUGCAGGGAGCUCAGAACUUGAACCUGAAAGUGCCGUAUGUUGUGGUUGCCAAUCAGCAAUGCAAUGUGGAUAUCCUGGGUAUGUUGGCUGCCUCAAUCUCUUUCUCCCAUCCAGUUGGAAGGGCUGGAGUGACCCACCUACAGCUUUACACAUCCAAAUUGCAGUGGGCCACAGAGAGUAACUACCUGCCCUGCAGACAUUUGCUGAUAGAGAAAAUAUCUUCAGAUCACCACUGGUAGGAGGGCAUGGACUACUGGCAUAAUAUACCUUUUAAAAAAAAAUUCAAAACCAAAAAAGAAAAAUUACAAACAUCAAAUUCAGCAUCCAUAUUUAUUUCCUAACAUAAACCUGUUACAUGAUUAACUAAAUCAAGUAUACCUAAUUACUCUAAAUUUCUCUUUGCUGUAUACAAAUACAUCACAGUUAGAAAUUUUAUAUUAAAACUUUUAUAUUAUAAAUAUUUCAAAUUCCCCAUACCCCCCACUCCCCUUCACUCAUGUGUGAUCUCAAUUUUUUGCUUCUUUCCUCUUGUUGUGUUGUUAUAAUCAUUAUUCAGUUAAUUUCUUUAUUAUUUCCUUGCUUACCCCUGCACGUUUUACACGUUAUCUAUUAAUAUUCCAGUUCCGGAACCAUAUUUUUUCAUAUAUUCCUUCGCUCCAUCCCACUCUUGAAUUAUUCUCUGAUUUGAAUGGCCUCUAAUAAUUGCCGUCAAUAUACCUUUAUUGGGCCCACCGAAAUGUCACAAAAAUCACCUGCAAGCUCUCUUUUUUUCAUAGGAGAGUUUAUUUUGUCCUGGCCAUAGGCCAUAACAAAUAGCAUUGUAUAAAAAUAGUGAAGAGGGGCUAUACAUUGUGAGGGUUGUACUCCUUGUAUCCAGGUGUAUGUUUGAAUAGGCAGAUAAAACACAACACGCACAUCCUCUCCCUCCAAGGAACCUAGGCUACUUUUAUCUUCACAACCACCCUGUGAGGUAGGCCAGGCCAAGAGAAGAUGUGUGUUGGACCCAAGAUAAUCCCGGUGGCUUCACAGCUAAGCAAAGAUUUGGUACCCAGCCCGAAUCUAAUUAUUACAUCACCUCUCUCCCUAGGGGCUGUAGGGAAGGGUGGGAGGAACUGCACAGCCAGACUUCAUUUUGACAGUCUUCCAAUUGUCCCAGCAAUGCUUCAGAUCUUGCCGGAGAGAAGCACCUUCAUUGUUAAAAGGGAGAUCUUACACUUUCUUACUGUUGGCCUUGCCUGCUGGCUGAGCGGCUUCAUUUUCGUUGACCGCCGGAACAGAGAAACAUCCGCCAAUUCCAUAUCGGAGGCAGCAGACGCGAUGGUCCGUGACAACGUGAGUGUCAGGGAAAUUAACUCUCGUGAUGAAUGGUUGAGGGAGCUGGGAAGGUUUAGCCUGGAGAAGAGAAGGCCGUGAGGUGAUAUGUAAGCCAUCUUCAAAUAUCUGAAGGUUGUCAAGGCAGAGCAAGCUUGUUUUCUGCUGCUCCAGAAAGCAGGAGCCAAACCACUGGAUUCAAAUUACAGUGGUUCCUCGGGUUACAGACGCUUCAGGUUACAGACUCUGCUAACCCAGAAAUAGUACAGUGGACGCUCGGGUUGCAAACAUGAUCCGUGCAGGAUGCACGUUUGCAACCCGCGUCUGUGCAUGCGUGGGUUGCGAUUCGGAGCUUCUGUGCAUGCGCGACCACCGAAACCCAGAAGUAACUCGUUCAGGUACUUCCGGGUUUCGGCGGUCCGUAACCCAAAAAAACACAACCUGAAGCAGCUGUAACCCGAGGUAUGACUGUACAUCAGGUUAAGAACUUUGCUUCAGGAUGAGAACAGAAAUCGUGCGGCGGCUCCGGCGCGAGGCCCCGUUAGCUAAAGUGGUACCUCAGGUUAAGAACAGUUUCAGGUUAAGAACAGACCUCCAGAACGAAUUAAGUUCUUAACCUGAGGUACCACUGUAAAAGAAAGGAGAUUCUGGCUAAACAAAGGACUUUCUGACAGGAACAGUGGAAUGGACUCUUUGGGGGGUGAGGGUGCGGCGACGUUGAGGUGAACUCUCCUUCAUUGGAGGUUUUUAAGCAGAAUUUGGACGGCCACCUGUUGGAGGUUCUUUAGCUGCAAUUCCUGCAUUGCAGGAAGUUGGACUAGAUGAGCCUUGGGGUCAUUUCUAACUCUUCAGUUCUGUGAUUCCAUGAGAGGGGCAAGGAGGCAGUGAUGUUUGCUCAGUGAAUGCACCCGCAGAGUCAAUCCCAUGCAGUCACUGGUACUUUUACACCACGCCAACCCCAUUGCCCCAUCCUGGCAAACCGCAGCAAUACCUGUGACAGAUUACGUAAGUGUUUACUGUUGCUCUGUCUUGCCAAUGGCAACUGGUGGGAGGACAACCCUGUACACCACUUUGCGUGUCUUGGAGGAAAUGAAAUACAGUAGAUAGACAGCUAGACAGACAGACACCCUUCCAAGCCAUUAUUGAUAUAGGCUGAAAUAUACUCGGAGUUGCGUAGUGAUUUCAUGCUCUUUAUUGCAGCUCGUAAAAUAGUGAAUAAAACCCUGCCCCAAACCUCUGGCUUUAUAUACAUUAUUUUCACAAUGAGUCCUGUCUGAUUGGCUGAUUUUGCUUCCCUCCUGGGGCCUGAUUGGGCUGCUCCUGCAGGCCAAUCAGGUUGUUGCAUUCUAGGAUCCUACCUGCCUAUUGUUCUAGGAUCCAAGCUUAGUGCAUAACAUGGGCAGUGCUUUUUUUUCUGGGGGGACGCAGGGGUAUGCAUACCCCUAAACGUUUUGUGAAUCUAAGUUUGGCCUCAUUGAGGGGCAGUAUUUCAAUAUGAGUAGGAAAAUUAGAGUACCCCCUAAACAUUAUUUAAGAAAAAAAGCGCUGGAUAUAGGCCAUUAUUUCUAGGCUAAAAAAAGUCUCAUUUUCUGUACUGAGUCCUCUGCAGUAUCAGAGCAGAUGAAAACUUAACUGGAAGAAAUCACAUCAGGGAGAGACUAAAUUGUAGCCACUGGAUUUUUCUGUAUUCUGGUUCCAGGUGAAAGAAAAUUCAUGUUUGAACAUCCUUUCAGUAAAGUGGUACUGUACCUCAGGUUAAGAACUUAAUUUGUUCCGGAGGUCCGUUCUUAACCUGAAACUGUUCUUAACCUGAAGCACCACUUUAGCUAACGGGGCCUCCUGCUGCCGCCACACGAUUUCUGUUCUCAUCCUGAAGCAAAGUUCUUAACCCGAGAUACUAUUUCUGGGUUAGCGGAGUCUGUAACCUGAAGCAUCUGUAACCCGAGGUACCACUGUACAGUACACUGUAAGCGUAUAUGUUACAUACGCUUCAGGUUACAUACACUUCAGGUUACAGACUCCGCUAACCCAGAAAUAGUACCUCGGGUUAAGAACUUUGCUUCCGGAUGAGAACAGAAAUCGCGCUGCGGCGGCACAGAAGCAGCAGGAGGCCCCAUUAGCUAAAGUGGUGCUUCAGGUUAAGAACAGUUUCAAGUUAAGAACGGACCUCUGGAACGAAUUAAGUUCUUAACCCGAGGUACCACUGUAUUAUCUUUCCCCUCCAGCUGAGAAUCUGCAUGUUCCCUGAAGGCACUAGAGACAUUGACAGCGCUGGUCUGCUCUCCUCCAGAAAUGAGGCCUUCCUUCUGGCCGUGGAAGCCCAGGUGAGAUCAUUCAGCUUCCAAUCCUCUUGUUUAUUCCUGCAUCCUAUUUACUAAUAGUGGACUCAUUCUCUGAGUGGCUAUCCUAAGCUAAAAAGACCAGGCUUGUAGGAGCUGGGAGCAUGUCCCACUUUUAAAGUUUAUAUGCUGCAGUUGGAUUGAGGUCAGCAAAACAGGGCUGCUAGCUGUUGCCAUUAGGCAAAUUCACCUCAGGUUCAGUAUAAGGUAUUUUGUUGAGUAAUCACUUUCAAAUCACAGGACAGAUUACACUCUCCAAAUCCUGCCAGGAGCUGCUGUAUUGAUGCAUACCCAAAGCAGGGAACAAUCUUAAAGGGGUAUUUUAAAAACACAUAGCACUACAGCCCCUCCCCCGCCACUUUCCCCUGUGUGCUAUUCUUCUGACACUCCACCUAAUGCCAAUUUGGGGUGGGGCACUGGGGAAAGCCCCAUUGCACUAGCCAAAGUCUUUGGACUCAGCGACAUUAGUGAAGAAACAAUGCUUUGAAUGCGUUAUAAACACGCAACACCAGAUGGCGCCAGAGGGCACAAUAUUUUUCUAUGUGGUUUUCCAUAGGGUUUUUUUCCUCCCCUUUUUGUUAUAACAAUCUAAUUUGUAGCAGUUUCCUCUCUCCUGUGAGCAGAUGUGCCCUUUGUGUGGGCUUCUGCUAGUGGGACUCCUUCAUUGAAUCUGGCCCAUUAAAAAAACACUAAAACAAGAGACUAAAAAAAAAAAAGUUCAACAAAACACCAAAGAUGAAAACCAGGGAGGCAGGGAACACCAAUCCCCAAAACAACAACUUUUUGUGAUAAGGACAGGGGAAAUGCAGUGGAAAGUUUGAGAUAACACUUGUUUUGAUGUGAUGUCAGCAGACCUCACAGUAAGCAAAUCAAAGCAAACGGUCAACAAACAGGUUGUCUGGAAGUGUCCUUAGUCUGUGAGAGUAUUAAAAAGCAGGACUCCCUUGGAAGCAGCUGCCUGAGGCUGCCCACAACGUUCAAUUUACAGCAAAGGUAAAUUUCCAUCUGACUGGCGGCUGAUGUGCCUUAUGUCCAUGCAGGUGCCAGUUAUUCCUGUGGUGAUUUCCUCCUACCGGACGUUCUUCAACGAGAGAAUCAAGAAGUUCACAUCAGGUAGCUGUGGGAAAGAUAUGGGAUGGGGUCUGGGACAUGGCCUGAGACUAUGAAGCAAACUCAUUUUUCCAGAUUCCAUGCUUGCUGCCUAAGUUAGACUGGGGAAGGGGCUCCGUUUGCAGGGGGAACAGCAUUUCCUUUGUUUUCUCUUCCAAGGGGAAGUCACAAUCCAGAUCCUUCCGCCCAUGAAGACCGAGGGACUGAGCGCAGCUGAUGUCCGAGAAUUUGCAGACCGCGUGCGAGAGACUAUGCUCCCUAUUUUCCAUGAGAUCUCAGCGCUGAAGCAGGAAGGCGUCACUGAAGAAGAUGCUGACCAAGCUGCCAAUCGCCAAGUAUCUUCGUAAACCACCCCAUUUAUUCCCACCCUUAGGCUUCACAUUUACCUCAGCUCUGUCUUGGCCUAACUGCCCUCCAUGGCUUAGCUUGCGUGCACCUGAUGGACCAGGAAAUCUAUCCGUAUGGUCAUAGGCUGCGUACAAAUAUACCUUUGCAGACCCUCUAAGUAUCCCUAUUUUCCAGUGGCGUCCCUAAUUUAGAGAGGCCAUCCUGGAAUGUCCCACUUUUCCUUAGGAGGUUCCUAUUUUCACUGGAGAAAUGUUGGAGGGUACGGAGUUAUCUGUCCCCUAAGCCAUCUGAAGGCAAUCCUCUACAGGGAAGUUUGUUUAAUGUUUUCUUAUAUAUAUUUUUAUAUGUUGGAAGCUGCCCAGAGUGGCUGCAAGCAGCCCAGUAAGAUGUGUGAGGUAUAAAUAGUAAAAUUAUCAUUAUGGAAUGGGAUGUCCCAUUCCCUCUUUUCAUCAGAGAAAUAUUGGAGGGUAUGCCUUUAAAGCACCUUUCUCCCCUCGAAGAAUUCUGGGCACUUCAUGUAGCCACUCAGAGAACCGUAGGUAAUAUAGAUCAGAAAAUUGCCCAGAGUUACAAUUCCCCGUAACCUUAACAAAAAAGGUGGAGGGAAUGUGUUUCAAAUGUACUUUUCGGAACAGGAAAAGGGAGUAGCAGUAAAUGGAGAGAUAUAGAAAGUAGAGUCUGUCAAAGAUUGGUAAUGGGACCUGUGGUUUUUAACUUGUUCAUAAGCAGUUUAGAGUUGGAGUGGCCACGUUUGCUGGUGAUACCAAGUUGUUGAGGGUAGAUAGAAAAGACAAAGACCAGAGCCGUGGUGUGUGUGUGUGUGUGUGUGUAAGGGCAAGCUAGAAUAAUAGAAUUGUAGAAUGUUAGAGUUGGAAGGGACCCCAUGGGUCAUCUAGUCCAGCCCCCUGUAAUGCAGGAAUCUCAGCUAAAGCAUCCAUGACAGAUGGCCAUCCAACCUCUGCUUGAAAACCUCCAAGGAAGGAGAGUCCACCACCUCUCGCGGGAGUCUGUUCCACUGCUGAACAGCGCUUACUGUCAGAAUGUUUUUCCGAAUGUUUAGUCAGAAUCUCCUUUCUUGCAACUUGAAGCCAUUGGUUCGAGUCCUACCCUCCAGAGCAGAAGAAGACAAGCAUGUUCCCUCCUCCAUGUGACAGCCUUUGAGAUACUUGAAGAUGGCUAUCAUAUCUCCUCUCAGUCUCCUCUUUUCCAGGCUAAACAUACCCAGCUGCUUCAAGCGCUCCCCGUAAGGCUUAGUAUCCAGAAGCUAAAGGAAGUAGCAAGCGAAAUCCUGUGAGGGAGAGACAUGCCUGAUUUCUGCUCAUAUCCAAGGCUGUGGCUUUGGGUGAAGCAAGACCAUUUUGGGGUGCUGAUGCUGUGAACCCUCCAUUGUAGG